GGUGGGGAGAGCUUCUGAGAGGAGCCGCCAAAAAACUGAGCCUCAUUCGUCUCGUCAGAUUUUUGUGUGUGUCCUUCAGAACUCAGAACAAACAGAAGAGCACGUUCGCGGAACGAGAGAAGCCCCAGAUCCUCUCUCCAGUCCCCAGUCCCCAGUCCCCAAUCCAACAGACCGGGGGCCGAAAUGAGCCACCGCCGCCGCCGGCCCUCCUCGCCGCCGCCGGUACGGGCGCAUCCGCUGGAAGACGAUGACCUCCUCCACGAGAUCUUGCUCCGCCUCCCGCCACAGCCGACAUAUCUCCUGCGCGCGUCCAUUGUCUCCAAGCGCUGGCGACGCCUCGCCAAAGAUCCAAAGUUCCUCAGUCGCUACCGCAUCCACCACCGGAAGCCUCCCCUCCUUGGCCACUUCUCUUAUGAAGGAGGAAGAUUCUCCUUCAGAUCCUGCCUCGACCCGCCCUACCGCAUCCCUCCCGAGCGCUUCUCCCUGCCACCCAGCAGCCUCGAGGUACGGCCGUGCCUCGACUGCCGCCACGGACGCGUAUUCUUCGACGACUACUUGCAGAGUCGGGUCAUUGUGUGGGACCCUAUCACCAACGACCGCCGCGUCAUAGCCCAUCCGCCGCAGUUCCGCGACUCCGGGAUUGAGCAAAUCCACAGUGGGGCGGUGCUCUGCGCCGCCGGCGACCAGGGCCACGUGCAUGGCGCCUGUCACUCGAGCCCUUUCAAACUGGUCGGGCUGAGCGCUUACCACCGCAAUGAUGUAGCCAUCAUCUUCGCAAGUGUCUACUCUUCGGACACUGGCAUAUGGAGCGAUCUCGUACCAACAACCCUUCCGUGGAGGGGUAUAAGAUUUUCCACGAAAAGCGCACUUGUUGGUAACACCCUUCACUGUCUGCUUGCGAUGGAUACAAUACUUGAGUUUGAUUUGGACACACGGAUGCUAGCUGUGACCAAGACACCUCCUGGUGCUCCUCCUCGCCAUGACAAUGUUCAGAUCAUCCAGUCACAGGAUGGCGGUGUUGGCUUUGCUGCAUUGUCUGGCUCUCGCUACCAGCCCUACUUGCAAAUGUGGGACAGGAAGGUCGAUUCUCAUGGAGCUGUCACAUGGGUGCUGCAGAAGACUCUUGAACUGCAGAAGAUUCUUGGAUUGGAGUCUAGGAUUGACAAGGACAAAUCAUCUAUACUGCACUACCUGGAUGAUGUUCAGGCAAUCUUUUUGCGGGUGCAGUCAUCUCUCUACAUGGUUGACCUUGAAUCAAUGCAGUCUAAGGAACUUUCCAAAGGCAUCGGCAAUUCCAUCUAUCGUCCUUUCACAAGUUUCUUCACUGAAGGUAUCUUACAAUAGUCUGAAGUAGAACUAGCUUUACUUUUGUACUUCAACCUGGAAUGCUGGCCCUUGGAGUAUGGCAUGACCAUCUAUUUUUGUUGUGAACUGAAGACAUGACUUGUAGAAACUAUCUAAUGUGCACACUCUGGUGUUAUUUUCAGCUAUCUAAUAUGUAGUGAACUCUGAAAUACUUGGAUCAGUUCGUCAGUGUUGAGCAUUAGCUUUUUAAUCGAUUGUAAUCUGCUCCAGUUUGAUGGUUUAGGUUGUCCACCGCAAAUAUUGCUCGCCCAAUGCCCAUAUUCAUCUGCAUGAACAGCCUGAGCCAACUCUUCAGUUUCAGAGUGGAGGGCUUCGGUUGCAUGUUUAACCGUCCCGGUGGCCGCAAAAACUGCAUCUCCAUCCUUGUCUUGGUGGAUAACCCCUCAAUCUCCCUUUCUCGUUGUGUA